GUCCCGUCACGCCGCUCCCGUGCGCUCCGUGCCGCUCCCUCGGUGCCGGUGACGGUCCCGCCCCGUCAGUGCCGCUCCCGGUGCUCAUCCCGAGCCGUCCGGUGGGCGCGGAUGGCGGCGCGUGGCUCGGGCCCGUGGCUGCUGCUGGCCGUGGUUCUGUACGCGGCGGCCGAGCCGCGCUGCCCGUCGUGCCCGGCGGGCGCGGAGCGGCGGCUGCUGGAGGAGGUGGCCAAGAAGCAGCUGCUGGAAAAGCUGCGGCUCCGCGAUCGGCCGCGGCUCGCCCACGCUGUGCCCCGCGCCGCCGUGGCCCGCGCCCUGCGGCGGCUGCAGGCGGGAGGCGCCCGCCGGAGCCCCGGAGUUCCCGGGGAGGAGGAGGAGGAGCAGCAGAGCUACGAGAUCAUCAGUUUCGCGGAGACAGAUCUCACAUCUCCCUCCAGUUUGGGGCUGCAAUUCCAGUUCAGCCAGGCGCAGGACGAGGACAUUCACAUCCUGCAGGCUCAGCUCUGGCUCUACCUGCGAGUGCCCCGGGCCAGCCUCACCCUGAGGAUCUUCCUGGCCGGUGAAGCCGGGGCUGUGGCCGGGGGCAACCACACGCUGCUGGGGGAGAGGCAGCUGAGCACGACGGGCAGCGGCUGGCGCUCCUUCCCCCUCCUGCCGGCCCUGCGGAGCUUCUUCGAGGGGCAGAGCCGGACCCUGCGGCUGGAACUGGAGAGCCGCGGGGAUGGGAGCGAUGUGAUGGCACAGGUCAACGCCAGCUGGUCCCACCAGCCCUUCCUAGUGGCCAAGGUGAAGAUGAGGGAGCCCGAACACCACGUGGCCAAGCGCAGCCUCCGCUGCAGCCAGAACUCCAACCUCUGCUGCCGCAAGGAUUACUACGUGGAUUUCCGCGACAUUGGUUGGAACGACUGGAUCAUCAAGCCCGAGGGCUACCAGAUAAAUUACUGUGUGGGCCAGUGCCCUCUGCACGUGGCAGGCAGCCCUGGCAUGGCCUCUUCCUUCCACACAGCCGUCUUCAACCUCGUCAAAGCCAACAACAUCCAGGCCUCGGGGCAUUCCUGCUGCGUGCCCACGCGGCGCCGCCCGCUCUCCGUCCUCUACUUCGAUCGCAACAGCAAUAUUGUCAAGACUGACAUUCCCGACAUGAUUGUUGAUGCUUGUGGCUGUAGUUAGGGCUGGGGGAGCUGUGGUGGGGACCCCCCCUUCUCCAGGACCGUCCUGCUGGUGGAGGGGGAGGGAGCUGGAGAGCUCCAUGAGCUGGAGUCAGCCCUCAGUGGACCCCUUUGGAAAGGUUGGGAGAGAGAGGGUCUCGUCAGGGGGAGCAGGGAAUCUCCAGAGAGCGCCUGGAGCAGGGGGCUUUGGGGACAUGUGGGACAGAGCCAAGGCCACAUUCGACUGCCCAAGCUGGGCUGUGGGUGUUGAUGACUCUGGACAUCCCUGCCUGCGCUGUUCCCAAGCUGAUCCCACAUUCCUGGUGCUCUAUUCCCCUCUGGUGUGGGGGCCUCCCUUGGUUCACACUCGGUGUCCGAUGAGGGGUUGGGACUUGGCUUCCUUGGGGACAGAGUGAGAUGCAGAAACGGAGCUGCUUCCUCCACGUGGGAGUCUGCAGGACAAGGCAGUCCCGCUUGUUUCCCUUCUGGAACAAAACUUCCUGCAUCCAGUUUUGGGAACAGACAGAACGGGGCACAAAUAAAAGGCCUGGGAGAGGAGGAUGAAGGGUACGACUUCAUCAAGAACCCCAAAACAGCAGUGACAGGACAAAGUUCUCUGAUCCCUGGAGGACACAGAGCUGUGAGGACCAAGCUUCCAGGUCCUGUGUGCUUCCCCUUUCCCUGGGUUUGUGCUUUCCUCCCCUGCUCCCACCCCCCAGCCAGGUCUCCUCCAGCCUGGUGCCCCCAUAAGGGGAGGUCUGCCUCAAACUUUACCUUCAAGACCACACUCAAGGUACAGAUUUGGUUUGUGCCACUGGUUUUGCAGCUAUUCCCACUUUCAGUUCCUGCAGCUGUUGGGAUUCCCUGGUGCUCCAUCCUCUCUGCCGAAGAUCCCACUCUGCCUUCCCCUUCCUCAUGCACCCACAUGGCCUCUGCUUUAAUUUAUUACACAACA